AGGAGUUAAAAUUACAGUCUCUUGAACAGUAUCGCAUUGACCGUUAAGUUGUCACGUUUUCAAACAAUUCGAAAAGAAAAAUGAAAUUCGCUUUGAUUGUCGGUUUAAUCGCCGUGGCGAUUGCAUUCGUAUCUGGCCAGGAUUGUGGCCUACACGAAGAAUACAGUACUUGCAUACCAUUCCCCGAAUGCCAGCGAUCAUGUUAUUCACUGAAUCCCCCUGGCUGCGAUGUACCUGAAUGCGAUCCAGGAGCGGGUUCCGGAUGUGUCUGUGUUGAUGAUCACGUAAGAAAUCACCUCGGUUUAUGCACGCCACAGGGACAUUGCUAAAUUAACGAUACUGACAAAAUGAUUGGAUCGUGAUGAUAGGCGCAGGUCAUUUUUGAUUUUUCAACUUAAAAUUCUGUUAAUUAACGUUUUCAUCGUCCUUAUGUGAAUAAAAGUGAACAAAGAAAAUCA